AGCAUGCUUUCCAUCCGAAGCUUUAUGCUUUUGUUCCUGAGCUGUAUUGCUGUUAGGAUGAAUCUAUGCUUCACAGGCAUCCAUUCGUCACUGAAGAUGCUUUCCAUCAACGGGCAUUUUGAGUUUGACAAAGUGCAAUUUGCCGCAAGAGACUUCGGUAAUCGAUAUCGAUAUUACCCUGCAGCAGUACUGCAUCCAUCAUCAGUUUCUGAUAUCGCCAUGACUAUUGAGCAUAUUUGGAAGAUGGGACUUCGUUCAGAGCUCACAGUUGCAGCUAGAGGCCAUGGCCACUCGCUCCAUGGCCAAGCGCAGGCCCACCAAGGAGUUGUGAUUAACAUGGAAUCACUCCAGUACCCUCAAAUGCAGGUUCAUACCAGAAACUUUACUUACGUCGAUGUUUCUGGAGGGGAGUUAUGGAUAAAUAUCCUGCACAAGAGCUUGAAAUACGGAUUAACACCAAAAUCAUGGACAGACUAUCUACAUCUAACAGUUGGAGGUACUUUAUCCAAUGCAGGGAUCAGCGGACAGGCAUUUCGGCAUGGCCCUCAGAUCAGCAACGUUCAUCAGCUGGAGGUUGUAACAGGAAAAGGGGAUGUGGUAAGCUGUUCAAAGGAACAGAACAGUGACCUCUUUUACGGUGUUCUUGGAGGAUUAGGCCAGUUUGGAAUUAUCACAAGGGCAAAAAUUCUACUUGAACCAGCGCCAACAAUGGUAAAAUGGAUACGGGUGCUGUACUUAGACUUCACUACUUUUUCCUCAGAGCAGGAGCUCUUGAUAUCUGCAGAAAAUACAUUCGACUACAUUGAGGGAUUGGUGAUAAUAAACAGAACUGAUCUUUUGAAUAAUUGGAGAUCAUCAUUCAAUCCACAAGACCCAGUUCAAGCAAGCCAGUUCAAGUCUGAUGGAACAAUUCUUUACUGCCUAGAAUUGGCCAAGUACUUUCACCACACCGAGGACGACAUUAUCGAUCAGGAAGUCACACGCUUGUUGUCUCAGUUAAGUUAUAUCCCAUCAACACUUUUCAUAUCAGAAGUUACAUAUGUGGAAUUCUUGGACAGAGUUCAAGUAUCAGCCGUCAAACUACAGUCAAAAGGCUUGUGGGAAGUCCCACACCCAUGGCUAAAUCUCCUUAUUCCAAAAAGUAAAAUAAAAAAAUUUGCAGAAGGGGUUUUCGGCAAUAUCCUGAAGGAAACAAGCAACGGCCCUGUCCUAAUCUAUCCACUUAACAAAUCAAAGUGGGACAAUAGAACUUCUGUAGUUAUUCCAGAGGAGGAGAUUUUCUACCUGGUGGCGUUUCUAACCUCUGCAGUUCCUUGUUCUAGGGGAAACGACAGCUUAGAAUACAUCUUAACUCAGAACAUGAGAAUUCUGGAAUUCUGUAGAACAGCCAAUCUAGGAGCAAAACAAUAUUUGCCACAUUAUACUACAAGGAACGAAUGGCAGGCCCAUUUUGGCCCAAUGUGGGAAACAUAUGUAAACAGAAAAAAUGCUUAUGACCCUUUGGCAAUACUUGCUCCAGGUCAAAGAAUAUUCCAAAAGGCAAAAUCCUUGUCAUCAUGGCUCCCACACUUGAACUCAACUUGAGAAGGCAUCAUAAAAUGCAGGAGUCGUCUGCUGUCUGUAGAUUUGCUAGUAUAUUCUGCGCCUUUUUUUCCUAGAGUAUAGGUUAACAAGGUAACUGCAGGAUAAUUCAAAUUUAAUUAAAGGUGUAAAAAAGUGAAUUUAUAUACUAAAUUUGGAAAGCGGUGAGGAACAGUUGAACAAUGGUAGGUGCAUAUAUCAAUUUUGUAGUAUCAUACAGCAUUACUAUGAUAAAUCAAGGAAAACAAAGUCGUUU